ACACACGGAAAUGAGAAUUUUCAGGAAGGACUGCAUCAUUUUUACGUACAGACACGCAUGUAUAUGGCUUGCCUUGUCAAGUACAAGCAGCUGCAGCCCAAUGAACUUACCAAUGAACAGGCCCUUGAAAUUUAUAAAGAAGUAUCAUCGAAGAGAGCUGCUUGGCAAGAUGUGAGAAAUGUGCUCAAAAUUUGGGAUUCCUACAUUCAAGACAUACCUUCUAAUUAUUUGUCACUGUCCUUCCAUACAGUUAAGACUAAAAGAGCUAAGCUGAAAAAGAGCAAGAGAGACUUAUGUAAGUUGACGCAGUAUCUUUCUGAACCGUUUGUGCUGUUGCUUAAACGUGACAGUAGGGUGAAAGGAGUGCAAAGAAAGGGCACUGAAGAAUCCUGUGAACCACCUGUUGACUUGUGUGAACCACCUACCAAACGGCGUCAUUCUGACCAGCGUCAAGCUGAUGCUUCUGGAGAAACAGUCCAGAAGCUUGGUGCUGAGGUGAAGUUGCUGCAACAGAAAGUGAAAACAUUGCUCAUAGAGAACAGUCGCCUCCGGAAGGAGAACGGUCAUCUUCAAGACCAUGUGGACAUAUUGAAAAGAAAAUGUUCAGUGUACAAUCCAAGGAGAGUCAACCUGAUGAUUAAACGCAAAGAAAAGUCUAUAUGCUUGUGGAAAGAGAAAUGUAGGAAAUUACAAAUCUCUGCUGCCAAAGGUGAACGCCUUCAGGAAAAACUUGAGAGUUUAAAAAGAGAAAAAAAGCAGUUGAAAUGGGCUAAGUCUAAACAAGCAUCAAGGAUUAGAGCUGCCAAAAAAGCUUGGAAGUCUAAAAAGGAAGAAAUUACCAAGAAUGUGCAAGCACCUCUUGUGAAAACACUAACUGAAAAAAAUAAUUAUAUAAAACUACUGAAAGAGGGCUUGUGUGAUUUGGAGCACCAGGUUGACAUUUUGCAGGAAAGGUGUGACAAGACAGAUGUAACUUGAUGGUUAAAGCAUUUGUAUCCCUAAGCCUCAGUGAAUCUUAUUUAGAUCAACAUGGGAAAUGGGAGAGGUGGGAGGUAGCAAAAAUUUGACAAAUUUAAUAUUUUCCUAAAUUUCCCCAAAAACCUGGCACGCUGUUUAAAAGUCUAUACAGUAGUAGUUCUUUAUUCUUAUACAUGGCAUAUAUUCCAUUUACCCUCCCUUUGCUGACUUUUUAGAAAUAAUCAGUUUAAAAGUUUGUCCUCAAAAACUUUCACUUUAGACUUUUCCUAGAUAAAAUGUUCUUAGUCAAGUGUCAACACAGGUCAGUUCCGUCAGUUCCCAAUGCAGUUGUUGAGGGAGUGGUAUACAAUGUACUAUAAAGAUGAGUACAAAUCUGGUAUUUGGGGAACACUUUUUUUAUGUCAUUUUGUGUAAACAAACAGCUAGUGCCAUUUGUUUGGAGUCCAUUAGUACAUGUACGUGGGUACUUCUAUUCUACACACUGUAUAAUGUAUGUUUGUGUAAUGUACCUGUGCUAAUGCAUUGGGGGACAACGAGCUGAGAUAAAGGUAAACUUUUAGACAACCUCUUACACCGCAGAAGUUGUCUACACUGUAGAAUGUACAAUGUACAUGUAUUGUUUUAACAAUAACUUAAAAGUUGUUGGUAACGUGGGAGUCACUAGAUGUACUUGUAUCAAUUUGAAAGUGAAUUGACUGUGACUAACUUGCUCAUGCAGUGAAAUUAAAAGCCAUACAUGGAGGUUGACAGAGACCAUAGUAAAAGAGAAGCAUGCCCAUAAUCUGGCAACAUCAGUUGUUUUUUUUAAUGCACAUUGUAAGAGCCCAUUCAGAACAGAAGAUCCGCAUAUCAACUGAUCCGUGGAUCAAUAUGGCAGACGUUACAUAAAAGGAAGACCACUCGAUCCUGUAAUAGUCUCUCUGCCUCUCACCUGAGAAAAAUUAGGUGCGCAUGCCCACUGGUCUUGGUUGAUCAGUUUAUCGUUAAUACUCCCAUUAGUUGGGUCAUUUCAUUUCAUUCAACCCAGUGUCUCCAUAGAAAGAAUAUGAAGUAUAUUCUUUUUGAUCAGUUAUUUUUGGUUUUGUUAUUUAUAGAAUUUCAUAGUUUAUUUAAAGAAAGGCAGAAAUUGUGAUCAAGUUUCUUAAUAAUGAUCAUUGAUUAUAAGUGAUUAUUGAAAUUUAUCAUUUUUGUAUUUUAGUAAAUUUAAGCAUGGUGAAUCACACGUAGCGAGUAUGUUAUUGUCAUUUUUCUUUUCCUCAUUUUAAGUUUUUUCGUGUCUUGUAAAUUUUUGUACAAAAUCCAAGAUCCAGUGAAGAACAUAAGCCUUUUGUUGACUUUGCUUAUCUGCAUAUCCCUCGCAUACGUACUACAAUAAAA